AUGCCAUAUCGGAUUAAGAUCUUCAGUUGCUUACUGUACUACCAAAAGCUAAGUGUGACUUUCCGACCAAAUCCGCACGCGAGAAAAACAACUUUGCAUCUUCUCACCAGUCUCCUCGCAGCAGCAGCUUGCAUCAGCGGCGUAGUUGCUGCUCCACAACCUCAAACUUGUACCUAUACCUACCGACUCCAGGAACUCGCGUACCUCCCCCCAGGGUAUGGUAAAGACUGGAAGCAAGUGCAGCAAGACCUCUGCACCAAGUUCGGUGCUCAAUGGAAUUCAAAUGACGGCUUUUGUCUGAUUUCGAAGCCCCUGUCAGACAAAAUUUUCCAUUUCACCGUCAAGCCUGAUCCAAAUAAACCCGGUCUCCAGCCUAUUGAUGUUCGAGCCAAGUAUGUCACUGUGUUUGUCUCCAACUGUAAAUGA